UUGAAAUAGUAAUUCAUUUUCCCACCACCAUAUUCUGUUUCAUCUUUCCUCUGUAGAUUCUCGGUGAAUUGUGUAUGAAUCAACUCUUGUUUUGUUAUUGUAAGGGCAGUAAAUCAUAUUAUUGUAGCUGUAAAUUCCUGUUGAUAGAUCUCUACAGAUUUUGUAACAGUAAACACCUGACAUUGUUUGAUAAUUGUUCUUUUUGAUUGAUUUUUAGGAUUUUAAGGAACUUGUUUAAGGUGAGGGUGGAAGCUUAGCUAGUGUUUCAUUGAUUUGAUUUCUAAAGUUGGAAUCUUUGUUUAUCUGGGCCCAUCUUUUCUACUUAAAAAAAUGAAAAGAUUGUUAUGUUUGGAGUUACAAGCUCAAGAAUCUUGAGGGGGUUUCUUUGAUUAUUUUCUGGGGUUGCUGUGAUUUUUUUUCCUUUUUAUCUUCCUGAAUUCUGGGUUUUCUAGAUUUGACAGUGGGUCUCUCUCUAUAGCUGGAAUUAACGAGGAAGUAAGGCCCACUUUUGGUCUAAAGGGGUACUGUUUUUCCCUUAUUCAGCUGGUAACAAGUCACUGUUCCUUGGAUGAGUUUGCUCCAUGUAUUUGUAUUUGGUUUGAAAGUGGGGCUUCUGCUCUGGGUGUUAUGUUGCUGGGUAGCAUCUAUGGUUUCCAUGAACUGGUUCAUUAAUGGUGAAUUUAAGGACGCCAAGCCGAGUAUCCUCGGUGAUACUGGCAGCAAGAUGUGGUUCAAAUUCUCAAACUAUAGCUUCAGGAUCCACCACCAAUACUAUCAGUAUGUGGGUUCCAAGAGAAUCAGCAAGACUUGGUGGAGGAAACUCUUGUUUUCAUGGGUAAUUGGUUGGGUUUUGGCUUCUGUUCUCAUCUUCUGUUAUAUGAGCUCUCAAGCUACUGAGAAGAGGAAGGAGACACUGGCUAGCAUGUGUGAUGAGAGAGCUAGGAUGUUGCAGGAUCAGUUUAAUAUAAGCAUGAACCAUAUCCAGGCUAUCUCCAUUUUGAUCUCAACUUUCCACCAUGGCAAAAAUCUCUCUGCUAUUGAUCAGAGGACUUUUGCAAAGUAUGCUGAACGAACUGCUUUUGAGAGGCCCCUUACAAGUGGUGUGGCAUAUGCUGUGAGGGUGUUUCACUCGGAAAGGGAACAAUUUGAGAAGCAACAGGGCUGGACUAUUAAGAGGAUGGAUACUCUUGAACAAGAUCCAGUUCAUAAGGAUGACUACAAUCCCGACCUCUUCGAUCCGUCACCAAUUCAGGAAGAAUAUGCUCCUGUUAUCUUUGCACAGGAUGUUGUAUCACAUGUGGUUUCUAUUGACAUGCUGUCGGGAAAGGAAGAUAGCAAGAAUGUAUUGCGUGCGAGAAAAUCGGGAAAAGGGGUGCUAACAGCUCCUUUUAGGUUACUCAAAACAAAUCGUCUUGGAGUUAUUUUGACAUUUGCAGUCUACAAAAGGGGUCUUCCCUCGAAUGCAACUCCUAAUGAGAGGAUUCAAGCAACUGAUGGAUAUCUCGGUGGAGUGUUCGAUAUUGAGUCACUUGUGAAGAAAUUACUACAACAGCUUGCGAGUAAACAAACUAUCCUCGUGAAUGUAUUGGAUACAACUAACCAGUCUUACCCUAUCAGUAUGUAUGGCUCAAACGCUUCAGAUGACGGGCUGGAGCAUGUCAGCCACCUUAAUUUCGGAGAUCCUUUCAGAAAGCAUGAGAUGCGCUGCAGGUUUAAGCAAAAGCCGCCAUGGCCAUGGUUAGCGAUAACCACUUCAAUUGGCAUCCUUGUGAUUGUGCUACUUGUUGGCCAUAUAUUCAAUGCGACUGUUAAUCGAAUUGCCAUGGUGGAAGAUGACUGCCAUAAGAUGAUGAAACUAAAAAAACAGGCUGAGGCAGCUGGUGUUGCCAAAUCUCAGUUCCUUGCAACUGUUUCCCAUGAGAUCAGGACCCCAAUGAAUGGUGUUCUAGGAAUGUUGCAUAUGCUUAUGGACACGGAUCUAGACGUUACACAGCUAGAUUAUGUCAGAACUGCUCAAGCUAGUGGAAAGGCUCUGGUUGCACUUAUAAAUGAGGUUUUGGAUCAGGCUAAAAUCGAAUCUGGUAAGCUAGAGCUUGAGGAAGUGCAGUGUGAUCUACGAGCAGUCUUGGAUGAUGUGUUGUCACUCUUUUCUGGGAAGGUUCAAGACAAAGGAGUAGAGUUGGCAGUUUACAUUUCUGAUCAAGUGCCUGAAGUGCUAAUUGGUGAUCCAGGGAGAUUCAGACAAAUCAUCAUUAAUCUCAUGGGGAACUCCAUUAAAUUCACGGAGAAAGGACACAUCCUGGUUACAGUUCAUCUUGUAGAAGAGAUGAUUGGUUCAAUAGAAGGCGAGACAGAAUCUUCAUCAAAGAACACCUUGAGUGGUUUUCCUGUUGCAGAAAGAUGCCAGAGCUGGAAAGAAUUUAGAACUUUCAGCCAAGAAGGAUCCAUGCAUCCUUUCUCCGACAGCAUUAAUCUUAUCGUGUCAGUUGAAGAUACAGGAGAAGGAAUCCCUUUAGAAGCACAGUCUGGUGUUUUCACCCCUUUUAUGCAAGUUGACCCUUCUAUUUACCGGACACAUGGGGGCACGGGCAUUGGACUAAGCAUAAGCAAGUGUUUGGUUAACCUGAUGAAAGGAGAAAUUGGUUUCGUUAGCAUUCCGAAGAUUGGAUCCACCUUUACAUUUACAGCUGUUUUCACCAGCAGCUCCUCUAGUUCAAAGAAGUACAAGAUCCAGAAAAUCAACAAUCGGUCUAACUCUGUUUCCACCGAGUUUCAUGGGAUGAGAGCAUUAGUUAUGGAUCAUCGACCUGCCCGGGCCAAGGUGGCAAAAUAUCAUUUACAACGUCUAGGAAUUCAUGUUGAAAUAGUUUCUAAAUGGGAACGAGGUUUGUUCAUCAUAAGCAAGGGGGUUAAUGCUAUAAACAUGGUUCUCAUCGAACAAGAAGUUUGGGAUAAGGGUCUGAAUGGUUCAGCUCACUUUUUCGAUAACUUGAACAAGAUAAAUCGUGGUACUCCUCCAAAGGUAUUUCUUUUGUCUAAUUCUAUAAGCUCUUCUAGAGCAAAUACUACUAUUUCUAGUGUUUGUAACUUGACCGUUAUCCCAAAGCCCUUGAGGGCUACCAUGUUAGCGGCAUCUCUACAACGAGCCAUGGGUGAUGGGAACAAAGGAAAUCCCUGUAAUGGGGAGUUACCUCGAGCGUCUCUUCAAAAUCUUCUUAUGGGGAGAAAAAUUCUAAUUGUAGAUGACAAUAAUGUGAAUCUAAAAGUAGCUGCUGGUGCAUUGAAAAAAUAUGGAGCCGAUGUGGUUACUGCUGCAAGAGGAAUAGAAGCUAUCGAACUGCUCACACCACCUCAUCAGUUUGAUGCCUGUUUCAUGGAUAUCCAAAUGCCAGAAAUUGACGGGUUUGAAGCUACUAGGAGAAUUCGGGAAAUCGAACAGAAUAUCAAUGAUCACAUUCACUUUGGUGAAGUAUCAGUGGAAGCUUAUAACAAUGUUUCAAACUGGCAUGUAGCAAUUUUGGCUAUGACUGCAGAUGUUAUCCAGGCUACGCAUGAGGAAUGUGUAAGGUGUGGAAUGGAUGGAUAUGUAUCAAAACCAUACGAAGCGGAGCAAUUAUACCGGGAAGUUUCACGAUUUUUCCAGUAGGCAUCAGACCAGAGUCUUUUCGGAAGAUUUCUGCUCAUGACAUGCCAGUGGCAUCAAUAGGACUGCCUGUACUCUGACAUUACUUCGGGGAUACCUUAAUAAAUUCCUAAUCUUUCACAAGGAAACAUCUGUUUCGUCGGAGGAGUGUAUAUAAAACCAUUCUUGAAUAUGGGAUCGAGUCUCUUGUAUUUUACAAUGAAGAUAUUGAAACCUUUCGAUUUUUUCCUUUGCUGGAAAAUUCCGAGUUCAAAGAAUUGAGGAUUUGCUUGCUAUCCCAGCAAUAGAAGAGUUUGUUCUUUUGUAUAUUAUAGCUGUAAUAAAAAUGCUAGAUGUGGCACUUUUGUAUUAGGGUUUUUAUUAAAGAGUUUGUUAAACUAGGAAUCCUUGUACGGUGACAACAAUGCA